AUGGCCAAGUCACGACUGAAGCGCCUGUUUCGGGCGACCCCCGGAACUGCUCGCUGCCUGUCAAUUUUGCCGCCCUGGCCGGCACGUUGUGGCAGCUGUAGGACAUUACGGGAAGAUGGCGAGGAAACUCAGAAAGAUAGACAUCCUGGUGCUCUGAGAGAAGAUAUAGAUCGCGAAACUGCUUUAGACGCUCUGCCAAUUCCGUUCGAUGAACAGCAGGGAUGGGACGAACUGGCGGCCGCUGCCACAGAGGCAGAUGCCAGUGUCUUCACUAUGUCGUACGCAAGCAGGCAAGUGAUCGGCUCGCUGCACCGUCAACUUCCUUGCCAGUUCGUUUUUGAGUGCCAUCCGUGGAGACCUGGUUCUCUCCGACCUUCGCGGUUGUGGUUCCGAAGGGGGAAUGUGCUGGGACUGGGGACAAAGUCCGUUUACUUUGAACUGGGCCCUGUACACGGAAUUGAUUAUCCUUAUGCCGCAAAGGUAUUCUUGAUAAGCAGCAGCGUGAUUGAUGUAAAUAAGGCGUUCAACGAUCCAAGCUACGUCGGUCAUGCGAGGAGGAUGGUCGACAAGGAGGUGGCUAGAAGGCUGAAGCAUGAGUUCAGCAUCCGGAGACUGACUGCCCAGGAUGACCCGCUCUCCCUCAUGGCUAAACAAGGGUUGCUAGUCCCUCUUUGCUGGGGCUACGUCACAGGCAUCUCCGCAGAAAUGCUACGCGUCGGCCCAUCGCUGAUUUCGACGAGGUUCUUCGUAAUCUAUCCUCGUAUGGCCUGUACAAUAGAAGAACUUCCUUUCCUUUCUCUGGGCAUGUCGGCCAAGCUGGUAUUGACGGAGCAGUGUUUGGACCUGGUUACCAAGUUUCAUGGAAGUGGGUGUAUUCAUCGAAAUUUGUCUCUCGACAGUUUCAUGCUAGACUUUAAGGGCCAUGUAUACCUCCGCAGCAUUCGCCGCGCAGGAAGGUACACAGGGAGACCAGAGGAAUUUGUCGUUCCAGAAAACCCUCUGUACCUCGACCCGGACACCGCCAUCUCCUUGAUUCGCCAUCCAGAAGGGCAGAUAAUCUCCACACCCAUCAGAGAUUCGUGGGCAUUGGGUGUCACGCUGUUUCUUCUCUGGUACGAUCGGCUCCCAUAUAACAUGUCCGAGUUUGAAUUUGGUGACCCAGAAAGGAAAGUAAGAUCCCUCGCCUUGUUGCCGUUCCUGGGUCAUCAGCUGAAUAACACGAUCCAGGAUUGUCGUACUAUUGUCCCAGAUGCGGUGAAAGACAUUCUGUCAUGCCUACUGCGUCUGCAAGGGGUGCAGCGCCGAACCCCCGAAGAAGUCUGGCGAACGAGCACUCUGAUAAAGUAUGUUAGGGCAAAUGCUGAUUCGGUUCACGGUCUGCCUAGAACCACUCCCGCUAGCUGCUCAUUCCCAGCACUCGAUCUCUUUCUUUUUCAGAAAUGCUGA